CAGUUGUUCGAUCGAUGUUAGACAGUGACAGUCAAAAGCUAAAAUUUAAUAAAUGGAUCACAAAAAUAUAAUACUAAGGUUAUGUUCUAUAUUCCUAUUGCUGCACUUCACGUCAGCAAGCAACGAUGUAUCUUCUUUUCAAUUGCUCGCUCGCCUUUCCUUUCCUACUGUGGAAACGAAACCCUAUAAUAUGCCGAGUUCUAAAGAAAUAGACCCUCGUCACAGCUACGCCGACGAGAAAUUCGAGAAAUUACAAGAUUAUUACAACUAUAUGAAUGGGAGAAUGAAGGAACCACACAAUCCGACUGAACGUCGGGAAAUAAUGGAAAUUGGAUCUAAGAAGCUGUAUUCCUUUAUCGAUUCGCACAUAAGGGAUCUGAAGAGGCUUUUAUUUGCGACUGACAUGGCUCUCAUGUCAAUGGUUUUAUUGAAACUGAAUAAGAAAAUGGAUACGUCGGAGGCAAAGAUUAAAUCGACUCAAGCGAAAAUUCCCUUUGGACUGUAUACUAGCCCAGAAUUUAAGUGCCUGGAUACUUCUUACUACAUAGUGUCAGCUCACAACCAGGAAGAUGCUCAAAUGAUUUUAUCUAGCGAGAGGAAACCACAUUGUUAUACUUUUAGAGGUGCGUUUGCCUUCAUCGGGUUCUACCAUCGACAUUCGGAGACAACUUACGUGGGGCCACAUGCUGAACAGUUUCAAGCCAAGGAUCCCAGUCAAGGGCUGUACUGUCACUCAGAUGAUAAUUGGAGUGAUGCGCAGUGUAUCUACAAGAUAAACCCUCGCGAAGAGUUUCCAGAAUCCGUGGAGUAUGAGCCCAAGAUCUCGUAUUUCUGCGGACCAUACCGGUACUUCAUACCAGCUACUACUGACGUCAGAUGCAUCUUCUCAAUAUUCUCCAUGAAUUUCGUAUUUCGAUUCGGAUAUGAUGGUGUUACUUACAAAAGCUCGGAUCUAUCUUUCAUGUAUCAGAAUGGCCAAGUAUUUUACACUGACGAACCUUGGGCUGGCAUGUCAUGUUGGAACUGGGCCUGUAAGUGGCGCCACAACCAGAACCAGCGAUCCAACGAGUUCUUUAUCAACUAGCGCCUUUAUCUUUAUCAUCUGUAUCCAGUGGCCAGAUAUGGAACUAAAAUGUUUGGAAAUAUAAUACUUACGUGUUUU